AUGUGGUGCAAGUGCUGCGAGACCGAGCCGCAGGAGAACCUCGUUGAAGUGCUUCCACGCGAGAUCCUGCAGACACCAACUCCGCAGAAGCAGGACGAGCAAGAUGCGCUUGCGGCAGUAAUUCAGCAGCAAUCGGCAGUGCCGACAGUGGAGGUCAAGGAGGAAGUGGCAGCGUCCACAGCGGCGCCUGUGAGCACUCCGAAGGAAGACAGCCCCAGCAACCUCUUCACCGUCACACUAGACAGUCAAGGCGAUCUUGGCAUCAUGCUCGAUGACCUGCAUUCACGAGGCCUGGUUAUAGCGGCGAUGAAUGCGGGAAGCGCAAGAGACGAUGGACGACUCCAACAGUAUGAUUGCAUCGUGUCAGUGAAUGGAGUGAACGGUGAUGUAAGCCGGAUGUGGGACAUCCUCGAGUCGCCUGGCAAGUGCACGCUGACGGUGCUGCGGCCAACCGAGAUGGCAUUCAAGCUCAAGAAGUCGGACGAC